AUGGGAGUCUACACGUUCUCCUAUCCCCUGGUGGGCUAUACCGUUGGGUUGAUGAAAUCUUCCAGUUUGUACUACGAAGACUUCACUGUGUGGGCAGUGUUCCUUCUUCUGCUCCUCGGCACCACGGACAACCUCACGGUUUGCCGCCUCAGCGAUGUCGACAACUGGAAGAGCAUCCACGUCAAACACAUCCUUAAGGGAUUCUGGCUGGUGGUAAUCAUUCUGAGGAUUAGCAAUAAUGAGGAUUGGAUCUACGGCAAGAAACUUCCCUACAGGUAUCCGUUGUAUGCCAUCGUGUUGGUCGUCAUCCUCAAGGGGUAUGUGAGGAUCGCUUCCAUGAGGAUGGUGAGCAAAUCCUACCUCUGCAAGAAGGUGAAGGUGAUCGCCGAAUAUAUGCAGCAGCAGCACAAGGACAACCUGGCGGUGCCCUUUGAUCCUGUAAUCAUGGAAGGCUACCGGUACAUUGUCGCUGGCGAGAAGUACUACAUGAAGCGGUGGCCUGGUUGCACACCAUGUUACAAGGGGGGCGACUUAAUGGUUAUCACCGUGGAGAAGAUCUGGCAGUGCACAGGAAGGCUGCUGGUCCUUGAGCGGGGCAAGCUGCUCAAGGACUUGUGCCUCUCUAUGGCACUCUCCAAGAUGCUCAACCGAAGGUUUGUUGGCUUCAGGCUCUCAGAGGCGGGGCAUGAGAAAACCCAUGACUUUGUGUUCAAAGGCCUGCUCGCCGGGGACAGGCCACAUCAGAGGGCCUUUAGGGUCAUCGAGGAAGAGCUUGUUUUUGUCCAUGACUUCUAUUACACAAGGUAUUCUUACCUCUACCAAAAGGGUCGAUACAUUGCCCUCUGUCUGCCCAUCGUCAUGCUUGCCUUAUGCUCGUGGCUCACCUAUCUGCUCGUCAAGCACUACGAGAGUCGCUCUGUGCAGGCCGCCACCAUAUUUGUAACUGUUAUCGUGGCAUUCCUGGAGGCAUACCAGCUCUACCUGUACAUAUCGUCAGGUUGGUUCAAGGUGGCACUAAUACAGAGCUACAUAAACACACCAUUUUUGCGAAGAAGCCGUUGCCUUGAGAUGAUCAUAGGCCUUCUUUUGAGGUUGAAGGCGUUUGCACCAUGGAAACGCAAUCUUGGGCAGUACUGUAUCCUCCAGGAGGUUGGCCGCAAACAUAGGGCUAGGAAUUGUCUCCAUUAUGCUACUUUGCGCCUGCUGGACAAGGCUAGCAAGAAUGGACUUAAGAAAUCAGAAAAGGUGUCUGAAACUGUGAAGAAAGCCAUCGUUGAUUCCCUGUUAGGAAGCAACGGCAACCUAACGAAUGGGGUAACAUCGCUGCAAAACAAUGGCGUCAAUUUUCUCUCAUGGGCAUGCGAUGUUAGUACUACUGACGGAGCGGUGGCUCGCACCAUUGUGGUCUGGCACAUUGCUACAACCCUGUGCGAGCAGAAGCUGAAUAAACAAGCCAAAGAAGAAGACGCUGUCGAAACAGCCUCCACUUUAUCCAAGUACUGCAUGCAUCUCCUUGCUUUUGCACCUAACCUCAUGCCCGACCACAUCUUCAUAUCAGAAUCCAUACUUGAUCAGUCAAUCAAUGAAGCAAGCAAGUUACUGAAAGAGGCCAAGGACAAGAAGAUCAAGGGCAAGAACAAGAAGAUCGAGGGCAGGUGUGAGAUACUAAUGGAAGUUAACACCCAUGGUUGUGUUGGUGAUGAAAAAAAGCUUGUUGCGCAGGGCGUUCAUCUUGCAAGGCAACUGAUUGAUGACAUACAAGACUUCAAAACACGGUGGAAGGUGCUAUCUGAUUUCUGGGCGGAGAUGAUGCUGUAUGUCUCGCCAUCCGACGAUGCUCGGGAGCACCUGGAAGUUCUUGCAAAAGGAGGGGAGUUCAUCACGCACCUUUGGGCGCUGCUCACGCAUGCCGGUGUGCUGAAGAGAGGCCGUACAGAGGCAAAGGAUGUUGUCUGA